CAUGGCGGCCUGUGCUAGUUCUUCCGCCAGUCUGGGAGCCCACGCCUUUUUAGGAUGACCACAUUUUCCCGCCAAAGCCUCUGUAGUUUUCUAGUCUGAGAGUAACAUGCUUCACUCCGCCGAGAUGAGUGCUCCCCCCGGGACCCGUGACUGGAUGAGCCGGCCUCUCAGUCUGGUGCAGGCGGUGUUCGCUCAGAAUGAGACGUCUCCAGAUUGGGAGAAGAAGGUCACCGACUACUUUCAUGAGAAGCUACAGAACAAGCAGUGCAGCCGGGUCCCCAGCCUGAACGACUCCCCCCUUCAUUACCUGAAGCCGGGGGGCCUGGUCCGCUUCCGCUGUAUGAUCCAGGACAUGUUUGAUCCUGAGUUUUACAUGGGCAUCUAUGAGACUGUCCAUCUUGACACCGGUGCCCGGGCCCUGCACCUCGGGAAGUAUAGAGAUGUGGCGGAUUGUACGCCACAUCAGGAAGUGGUUUUCCAUUCCCUCUCGGGACCCGUGACCCUGGAGCGGCAGACCUUCUACUGUGUUCCUGUCCCUGGAGAGUCCCCCAUGGGUGAAGACAUGUAUAGCGGCUCCCUCCAGAGCAGGGCAUGUGCUUCAACGUCUGAUGCCCCAAAACGGCUGAAGAGGUGCCUGGAGGAGGAGGACGAGCUGCCGCUGACUGCAGGUGAUGUUCAGGAGAAAUGCAAGAGACUGGAGAUGGAGCAUCAAGAAAAGCAACAGGAGGCUGGGGCCUCGAGAAGUUCGCAGUCAUUGGACCUGUACUUUCCUCUCCCUGGAGAAAUGGGUCCAGCCUGCCUAGUGAAGGUGUAUGAGAACUGGGAGAGCUUUAAAGUGAAUGACGUGUUGGAGGUGUAUGGCGUUCUGUCUGUGGAGCCGGCGCUGAGUGUACUGAAUGAAGACCGGGACUCUGUGACAUCUCUCCUGGACCCCGCAGAGUGUAUGGACACCCUAGAGGAGCAGCGGGCACACAGCCCCCCCACAUCACUUGUGUCCAGAAUCCAUGCCAUAGUCAUCCAGAAACUGCUGCACACAAACCCACUGAUCCCAAACUCGGGGUGUGAGACGGAGGAAAGCAAGCAGGGUGUAUCCAGCCUCAUGUCUGAGCUGUCGUCUGUGAGAGCAGAACUGCUGGGGUUUCUUACGCAUGCGCUGUUGGGGGACAGCCUUGCAGCCGAGUACCUCAUCCUCCACCUCAUCUCCACUGUAUAUGCACGGAGAGACGUUCUUCCCCUGGGGAAAUUCUCCCUAAACCUCAGCGGUUGUCCGCGAAACAGUGGCUUCACCCAACAUUUUUAUCGUGUCCUGCAGCAAAUUGUAGCUGUGUCUCAUUAUCUUCCAAUGACCAUAGAAAACAUGAACACCAUGCGCUUCAUUCCCUGCAAAGAUUACUCCGCAAACCGUCUGGUGAGUGGCCUCCUGCAGCUGCCGUCACACACCCUGCUGGUGGUAGAUGAGACCGUCCUGGAGCAGGGCCAGCUCGACACAGCAGGAGUCCGCAAUUUGACUGCACUGGGUAACCUGAUCACCUGGCAGAAGGUGGACUACGACUUCAGUUACCAUCAGAUGGAAUUCCCCUGUAAUAUUAAUGUCCUGGUUGCCUCAGAGGGCAGGUCACUGCUUCCAUCAGACUGCCACGUGCACCUGAAGCCACAGCUGUGUCCACCCAGCCUGGAGCAGUACACCGAGGCCCUGAUGUCCGCCACCCUCCCUUCCCUGCUCAACAAGUUCCGCAUGUACCGGAGUCUUCUACAAAAUAUGGAUUACAACAUCUCUGAAGAGGUCACCAAGGCUGUGGAGGAUGAUUUUGUAGACAUGAGGAAAGGCGACCCGCAGAGUAUCAGCGCAGACGACCUGCAUCGCUUGCUGGUGGUAGCGCGGUUGCUGUCACUCGGCACUGGUCAAACCUCGUUGUCUCGCGAGACCUGGCUCCGAGCCAAAGAGCUGGAAAUGCAAAGAAAGAAUCGACUGCAGGAUCAGAAGUAUCUGAAUAGCAACGAACUGUAAUCCUGGCAGAGGUUCCCCUCCAUCUACAAUGGAUGUGCUGUCCGCUCCCUCUUGGGAUGGAUGCCUCCUGAUAAACUAAGUGGUGUUAAAGUCACAAGAGCCACUUUUGAAAAAAUUGUUGCAUCACCCCUUUUUUGCAGUCCUCGCCACGUUUUUAAAAGGGUGUGUGACAAGGGCCGGUAAGGGGGCAUGACCAGCCUCAGCGACAAAUUUAUCAUCUUUUACACCAGUUUCCUUGUGUAAAUGAAGGCAGAAAUCUACACCAGCUCUGGUUAGGUGCACGGACUACAGGGGGGUGAGGCAUGUGACUCGGGGGAGAUCAAGGCAAGCACAGAAAGCGCCAGUCUUAAUAAAUCUCCCCCUUAGUCUUUGUUGGUUUUAGAUUCUUGCAUUUGUUUCUAGAGAGGAUAUUUUUUGCUAUUAAAAUGUUACAAUACAUUAUU